AUCCGGCGGGCGGCGGCGCGCCUCUACCAGUCGCGCCGCAGCCGCACGCCGUCCCGGCCACGCGGCAAGGAGAACCGCCAGGGAGGGGCGGACAACUGCGGCUCUCCGCGGACCAGGGACAGCGUCUACAUGCGUCUGGACGCGCUGCCCGCCGCCCUACGUGACGUCAGCAACCGGCCGGCAGAGGGCGUCGAGUCGCCGGCCAAGAGGCGGCGUCGCUCCUCCGCGCGGCCCAGGCGCGUGAGCCGAGCGCUGAGGCUCGCCGCAGACGGGCAGGACGCCGCGACCACCCCGCGGAGGAACCUGGACCGCAGAGCCAUCCUCCAGUACUCGGACUUCUCGCCCGGCUGUCGCCGCCCCAAGAGGACCCGCCUGUCCCAGGGCGAGGUCUCACUCGCCGGCUCGGGCGACCAGUCCAUGGUCACCCUGCAGCCCGAGCCACCCACCAUGCAGAUAGACUACUCCCCCUGCCCGCUGAGGACCACCAAGAGCUUGAUCGCGCUCCGCCGUCGCCUGGAGGACACCUUCUCCGCGAGUCACCGCAGCGUGGGCAGUCUCCCCCCGGCACCCAGCCUCGGGCUCGACAACCCCCUGUACUACACCCUCACCGGCAGGAUCACCAGCCUGCUGCAGUGCCCCGGGGACGACGUGCCCGCCAAGAUGAGGAGGAGGAACAUCGUGUCCUACUCCAACGACAUCCCUCUGGUCAUCACCCCCGGCAAGACCCUGGACGCCUGUGGCAGUGCGCCUGUGCUGCCUCGAGCUGACCGCAGUCUGCAGGUGUCGGCGCUCACGCACAGCAUGGCCAAGUUAAACCUGAACAGCCUUGCUACCUCUUCAUCUCUACCGCUAGACACGUCGGCGGCGCUUCCUUCUCGCCAAGAAGAAGAGAGUGCGAUCACGACCGGUAGAGACAGUUUGGGCGUCCAUCACGACGCAACGGACCCGAGGUUCCUGAGCCAGUUCCCCGUCGUGGACUCGACGCUACCUCUGGCUUCUGACUUGCGUAACCUCCCCGGUACUACUUCUCGUGCUCCACGCAAUGCGAACGAUACCGUCGAUGGAACCCUGGCGUUUAGUUUGAGAAGUCCUCGGGAAACAGGAGCGCUCAACACCAGCAGAUCUAGUCAACGCGACAAAAGUAUCCCGAGGCGGAGUGACCUGAGCAGUUCAGACUCGUUGAGGAGGAGCAUGCCUGUGGUACCAUCGAGCGAAGAAGGUGCGUCACAGAGGCCACAUCACAGAGAAGCGCACGACUCGGGUGGAACCACCGGUCCAGUUGUUUCACGAGCCGACUCGGACCAUGCGGGGGGCGGGGGAGGCAGCGCGGACAGCCUGGGCCGCUCCUUCAGCCUGCGGCGGCAGGGCGGGUUCCGGAGGCGGCAGCGCCCCGGCCGGGGCAGGCUCGGCCUCACGCUGGCCAAGGGCAUCCCGAGCCCCUCCAGCGAGGGCGAGCCGGACGCGCCCGGCUCGCUGGGCGUGCGGCCACUGGCGCCGUCCUCGCCGUCCUCCUCCGACGAGACGUGGAACUCCCACUCGCUGCGUCUCCUGCAGACGCCGCGGCUGACGGGGGCGGCCUGCACCUCGCCAGCCAGCGCCGCGCCCGCUGGCUCGACGGCUAGUCCCGUGGCGCUCGUGGAGCGGCGCUCGCGCUCCCGCCGCUGCCUCACGUUCGCGUCGCCAGGCGGCAGCACCAAGCAGCGGCGCGCGCUGGCGUCCAGGCGGCACUCGCGCGACCGCCAGGCCUGCCAACUCAGAGGCGAGUUGGAGCUGGCUGUCUACGCGAACAGUGGGCUGCUGACGAUACAUGUGAUCCGCGGUUGGAAUCUUCAUAAAAACGGAGGGAAUUCAUGCAACGCUUACGUGAAGGUGAACCUGGUGCCGAGCUGCGAGGAGCGCACCUUCCACCGCACGUCCGUGCAGCGCGACACCAGCGACCCCUGGUUCGACCAGAAGUUCUCCUUCGAGGUGCUGGACGGUGACCUGGACAAGCGCGUGCUCGUGUCCGUGUGGCACCGCGACAAGGACCGCAGGAGAAGCGAGUUCCUGGGAUGUAUGUCAUUUGCCGUCAAACAUGCAGUUAAAAAGGAUAUCGGCGGCUCGUUCCGCCUGCUGUCGCAGAGCUCGGGCCAGACGCAGCACCAGCCGGCCGCCGUGCUGUCCCGGCAGUCCGUGUCCAGCUGCGAGCAAGUGAUCACGGCUACGCCCAAGUCAGAUAUGGAAAGGAGAAAAAGCUGUUCAAAGAAGCCAGUCGAAACUAAAGCAGGCGCGGCGGCCGGGGGUGACGACAGCAGCUUCCUGAGGCACCUCGAGCUGGAGCCGGCGGACGAGGCCCCGACGAGCGCCUGCAAGGGCGGCCGCACGCCCUUCACCACCACGCGCCGCCUCUCUCGCCACGCCAAGGCCGGCUUCGGCUUCUCCAUAGCGUGGACCCAGCCUCCCAGGGUGGAGCGCGUGGAGGCGGGCCAAGCUGCGGACCGCGCGGGGCUGCGACCCGGUGACUACGUCAUCUUCGUGGAGAAGUGCAACGUGGUGACCAUGCCCGAGGAGGAGAUACUCGACCUCAUCAGGUCGAGCGGCGACGAGCUGACCCUGGAGGUGUACCGGCGCGCCGCCCCCAACGGCCUGGUGAGUGCCGGCGGCGGGGACACGGCCGCCCCCGCCGCCCCCAGCCGCUCGCCUGCCACCACGUGCUCCGCCACCAGCGCCUCGCUGGACCUCAGCAAGCGGCGCCUGCACCUGCCGCAGGUCACCUUCAGCAGCGAGGUCGGUGCCGGGGUCAUCGACUCGAGGAGACGCGCCGUGUGCCAGCUGCUGGCCAAGGAGCAGCAGUACGCAGUCAACAUGCAGUACGGCCUGAGCAGGUUCCUGCUGCCCUUGGCCGACCGCCGUGACCUGCUGUCCGUCAACGAACACCUCGCCCUCUUCCAGAACGCCGAGGAGCUCCUGAGGCUGACGGAAGACAUCUCGGAGAUGCUCUUGCAAGAGGAGGGCGAGAACUUCGGCCAGAACAUCGGCCGGAUCUACCUCAAGAAGAUGGGGACGAUGAACGCGGCGUACCGGCGCUACUUCUCGGGCAUCAAGAAGGCCGACUGUCUGCUGGCCGCCAAGACCAGGAGCACGGACUUCAUGAGGAGCAUCGUGGAGCCGCCCGUGCCGCGCCGCCGACCCGACCUCACCGCCUUCCUGCACAAGCCGCUCGAGCACUACAGAGAGGUGCUGAAGCUGCUGCAGACGAUACUCAACACCUCCAAGGUCACCGACGACGACUACCCGGUGCUGGCUCGCAUCGUCCAGGAGAUGCAGGUCAUGUACCGCGAGGUGACGACCGGCGCCGGCCUCAUGGAGCCCGAGGGGGAGGGCCGCCCGCUGCUGUCGCUGCAGGACCUGGAGAGUCGCCUCGUGUUCACCAGGUGCAAGCCCUUCGUGCUGCGCGCGCCGGGCAGGCAGUGGCUGUUCGGCGGCGACCUGAGCCGCGUGGAAGGGCGCGCCGUGCGGCCCUUCUGGGCGCUGCUCUUCACCGACCUCAUCCUCUUCGCCAAGGUCAGCCGCGACCGCGUGCUCUUCAUCACCGAGGAGCCGCUGCCGCUGCUGUCCGUCACGCAGGCCUUCUUCAACAUCAGGAAGAAAGCCAACGACUUCCGGCUGGUGGUGGCGGGGGCGGGCGAGGGAGUGGACAGUCCGGCGCCACGCUGCGGGCCCGAGCUGCAGCUGUCCCGGCACCAGCGGAGGAGACCAGUCACCCUGCGUGCUCCCUCCGCCGAGCUCAAGGCCGUCUGGCAGAACCUCAUCCAGCGCCAGAUCAUCUACCUGAACACGAUCCGGGGCGGGACGCCGGCGUCCAGCCCGCUGGACUCGCCUGACCCACCCACCACGCUGUCCGUCGCCACGCUGGACUCCCUGUCGCUGCGGCGCCAGACGCCGCUGGCCGACUGCGGCUCGCAACGCCACCUGGACGAGCUCAUCGAGCACCGCUGCCGCCGCCUGGGCAAGUCGGGCUCCAGCAAGGGCAGCGCGCUGCACCUCGCGCAGUGGAUCAAGGGCCAGCUGGGCGGCGCCGGGGGCCCCCUCACGCCCGAGGACGAGCCCGAGCCCGAGGUGUGGUCGCCCGAGACUCUGCGCCGGCGCAGCGAGCAGCUCAACCUCUUCGCCGUCAGCGCGCUCGGCGGCCGCAACGAGAGCCGCUGCGAGGAGAUCGACAUGUCCGACACCGAGCGGAGCCAGACCCUCAGCACCUCCGACAGCCAGCCAGUUAGCGCCUUCCUCCUGGUCCUCCCAACUUCCUGGUAG